AUGUCCAGAAGUCGGGUCGACUUCGGCGAGAGCGAGUAUAUCAGGGAUAUCCCACGUCGCGCCCCUGUUCGAGAAUAUGAUGAGCUGGACGUCCGUGUGCGGGAGCGGUCGCGGGAGCGUGUGCCGGCUUUCAUGCGGGAGGAGAAUAGGAGGCCCGAGCCGGGUCCGCUGGUGCUCAGACAAAGAGAGGUUGAGACGGUCGAGCGGCCCCGCCAAAGGUCCCCUAGCCCAAUCCGGUACCGCGAGCGCAUAGUUGAGCGCGCUAGGAGCGUCAGCCCUUCCAGACGCUUUGAGGAAGAUGUGCGCAUUCGAAAAGUCGUUAGGGAGCCAAGCCGUGGCCCUGGCCCCGAGAGGAUCCGGUUUAUCCAACCGUCACGCUCCCGGUCGCGGUCUCGUUCAUCGGAACGGGAGCAUAUUCGGAUCGUUGAGAGAAAGGAGGAAAGGAUCCCCGCGCCUCCGUCGCCGCCACCGCCGCCCAAGGUCAUCAAAGGGCCGACGAUUGAGAGAGAAGUUAUCACGCAUUACCGGGACAUCGAUCAUGGCAUGGUCGUUGCGCGACCACCCUCUCCUCCACCCCCGGUGCGUCAUCGUGACACCGAGAUUGACAUUGUCACAUCUCGAGGAGACACGGAGAUCGACAUCCGCAGGAACCACCAUUCCCACAGUCGUGGACGAUCUAUCUCUCGGGAGCGGGUCUCACGCCGCCCGAGAUGGGAGGACGACGUGCUGGUUGAGAGUGACCGCAAGCACCUUCACGUGGACAUUGAGCGCCGGCGGAGCACCUCCAGGGGACGCCGUGCCCACUCGGCCGCUCCGCCGACGACCCACUACGACGACGAAGCCAGGGAGAUCAUGUAUCAAGUGACCGCGCGGGGCAAAAUGGGUGAAGCGAAGAACGGCAUAACCCAGGACUGGGCCCUCAUCGACGUGCCGCCCGGAACGGAGCGUGUAAUCAUGGACGGCGCCGGCGGCGCGGCUGCCGAAGUGACAUGGACGAAAUACAGCGGCGCAAGACGCGCCAAGUUCAUCCCAGACCGCGAUGAGAAGAGCUCUGUCGUUUCAUCAUCGACAAGCGUGACGGAUGUUCGAGGCCGGGAGCGGGACCAGGAUAGGCGCCUGAGCGUACAAAUCAUCGACAAGGACGGCCGCGGCAAAGACCGUGAGGUUGAAAUCGAAAAGGUCACGGAUCGACGUGUCACCGUCCGCAGCGGCUCAAUUCCACCCACACCGCACCGCAGGAACGACUCGAUGUGGACCGAGAUCCCGAGGGACAUGGUCACGCGCGAGGCUAUCGAUGAGCUGGGCUAUGAGUUCGAGGAAACCGAGCGCUAUUACUACAUUGUCGACUACCUCACUCCUGACGACGUCCAACGCCUCGUAGACCUGUCCGAUCGGAUCCGCGCGGCGCGCAAGGAGCGUGCCCGCGAAAUCCAGUGGGAACGCGAGUGGCGCGACGACGUCCAGCACCGCAACCAUCACCACCACCACCGCCACCGCUACUCGGUCGACCACUUUGACGACGAGCGCGUCGUCGAGCACGAAAUCAUCUAUGAUAGCCGCCAUCCCGGAAAGCUGUACCGGCACUAG